GUUGCUUUUACAUUUUUUUUCUUACGAAAUAAAGAAAUAAAUAAAAUAAUAUAAAAUUAAAAUAUGCUUACAUGCCGGCUACCGAGACUUACAAGACUUUAUAGUGUUGCCUCGUCCCUUAAGGUAGCGAAUAGCUUCAUUGAUGCGAUAGGAAAUACCCCUCUGAUACGACUAAAAAGAUUAAGUGAAGAAACGGGAUCGGAUAUUCUUGCAAAAGCCGAAUUCAUGAAUCCCGGCGGUUCAGUAAAAGACCGCGCUGCUCUAUUCGUCAUCAAAGAUUCAGAGGAAAAAGGUGAACUUAAAGCGGGUGGUACUGUUGUGGAAGGCACUGCCGGUAAUACAGGCAUUGGGCUUGCUCAUGUUUGUAGAUCAAAAGGAUACAAAUGCGUAAUUUAUAUGCCAAACACUCAAAGUCAAGAGAAAAUUGACCUGCUUAGGAUGCUAGGAGCGGAAGUUUAUCCAGUUCCGGCAGUCGCUUUUGAAAAUCCAGAAAACUAUAAUCACCAAGCUCGAAGACACGCAGAAAAACUACCAAAUGCCGUUUGGACUAACCAAUUUGAUAACAUUGCAAAUCGACGCGCACAUCUGGAAACUACUGGCCCGGAAAUUUGGGAACAAACUAAUGGCCUUGUUGAUGGCUUCACGUGCUCUACCGGUACUGGUGGCACCCUUGCAGGCGUAACUCGUUUUUUAAAAGAAAAAAACCCAAAGGUUAAAUCAUUCAUUGCUGAUCCACCAGGUUCAGUCUUAUAUAAUUACUUUAAAAGUGGUGGAAAGGUGUUGAACGAGCGCUCGGGAAGCUCGAUAACUGAAGGCAUAGGACAAGGGCGUGUAACUACCAAUCUUCAGCCAGAUGUAGAUUUAAUAGACGAUGCAUUAUAUAUUUCGGAUGAAAAAUCUAUCGAAAUGGUGUACAGACUGUUAGAUGAAGAAGGUCUCUAUGUAGGCGCGUCAACAGCACUAAAUGUUGUAGCUGCAGUCGAGAUGGCGAAAAUACUAGGACCAGGUAUACAAUCCUCCUAUUAAUAUUACAGAAGAAAAAUUUUGUAUUUUGACACGUAAUCUAUUCAUUUCGAAAUAACUAGGAAAGAAGAUUGUCACAAUUCUUUGCGAUGGUGCAUAUAGAUAUCAAACGCGGUUAUUCAGUAGGUUGACCUCAAUUGUUUACACCAAUUCAUAUAUUUGUACCAACGUUAAAUAAUAUCUUCUUAUUUCAGGUCGAAAAUGGUUAGAAAGUAAAGAACUACUUCACGCAAUUCCAGAACAUUUGAAAAAAUAUAUUGUUUUACCUCAAUAAUAUUGGCAGAUU